AUGCAUAUUACUGAUGCAAGAACCCUGGGUAAUCCGGGGUUGCAUCAAGGGCUUGGCGGCUUGCGGGACGUUGCGACUGUAGAAGUGGAUUUCACUGCUGACUCCGAUGAUAGGAGGAAAAUGGUUGUUUGCCCGGCCUACUUCUCGCAUGACGAGGGAGAGGCGGUGCCGCCUGCACCGGUGAUAAAACUGGCAGAAUACUGCCAAGAGAAGCGGCUUUCCCUGAUCAUGGGAUGUGACGCUAACGCGCAUCACACUGUGUGGGGAAGCUCGGACACCAAUGAAAGAGGAAGGAAAGUGUUGGAGUUCCUAGCAUCCACGGAUCUGGAAAUUCUCAACACAGGAGACGAGCCCACCUUCUGCACUAUAGCGAGAAGAGAAGUGCUCGACAUCACUGUCUGUUCCAGGCAGUUGAUACAGGAGGUAGUGGAGGAAGACCUGGCCAGCAGUCUCAGAGGCUUCCCUAAGAGGCACGGGACAGAAGACGAACUGGAGACCUGUGUGGACUACUUGCAGAAGUCUCUGGUAAACUGCUACAAAAGUAAUUGCCCCGAAAGGGCAGUUACAAAUAGUAGAGGAACUUCCUGGUGGACCCCUGGACUGCAGGGUCUCAGAGUGGCGGCUCGCAGGGCCUGGAAUAGGGCUAAGAACACGGGUCGCCAAUCCGACUGGAGCUCUUUAAGAGGGCACAGACGGAGUAUAGAGACUCUGUGGUUAGGGCGAAACUGGAAAGCUGGAGAAAGUUUUGCAAGGAAGUGGAGGGAAUGCCCGAAACGGCAAAAAUCUGCAGGAUCCUCGCUAGGAACCCGGAUGCGACUACUGGAAGUGAACUUUCAGGGCUUCCAUAGGGAGCCGGGAGAGCUAUUUGCAUUUAAGGAGCCGGGUUCACUCAGAAGAGCCCGACAAGCGGAUUGGCGAAUGGCGGCCAAGAUUGUCAUGCCCGAGAUGGUCAAAUGGGCAAUUAACGCCUUUAAGCCCUACAAGUCAGCGGGACCGGAUGGCGUCUUUCCGGCUCUUCUACAAAAGGGACUGGAACAGAUCGUGGGCCCACUGACUCGACCUUAA